AACGGGCGCGGGGGCCGGGCGCAGGAGGGCGAGGAGAGCUGCGUCCAGCGCGAGGUCUGGAUGUCCGUGUUCCGCUACCUCACCCGCAGGGAGCUCUGCGAGUGCAUGCGGGUGUGCAAGACCUGGUACAAGUGGUGCUGUGACAAGAGAUUGUGGACAAAGAUAGACUUGAGCAGGUGCAAGUCCAUCACCCCCCAGGCGCUGAGCGGCAUAAUCAAAAGGCAGCCGGUCAGCCUCGACCUCAGCUGGACCAAUAUCUCAAAAAAACAGCUUACGUGGCUCGUCAACAGGCUGCCAGGCCUGAAAGACCUCAUCCUAGCGGGCUGUUCCUGGUCUGCGGUCUGUGCUCUCAGUACCUCCAGCUGCCCCCUUCUCAGGACCCUCGAUCUUCGGUGGGCAGUAGGAAUCAAGGACCCCCAGAUCCGGGACUUACUCACACCUCCAACAGACAAACCCAGUCAGGACAAUCGCAGCAAACUCCGCAACAUGAUCGACUUCCGGCUCGCCGGGCUGGACAUCACGGACGCCACGCUGCGCCUGAUCAUCCGCCAUAUGCCCCUGCUCUCCCGCCUCGACCUCAGCCACUGCAACCACCUCACGGACCAGUCGGCCAACCUCCUCACCGCCGUGGGCUCCUCCACACGCAACUCCCUCACCGAGCUCAACAUGGCAGGCUGCAAUAAGCUGACGGACCAGGCCUUGCUCUACCUGCGCCGCAUCUCCAACGUCACCCUCAUCGACCUGCGGGGUUGCAAGCAGAUCACCCGCAAAGCCUGUGAGCACUUCAUCUCGGACCUGUCCAUCAACAGCCUCUACUGCCUGUCCGAUGAGAAGCUGAUCCAAAAAAUCAGCUAGAGACCCUCCCCGGGGCAGACUGAGGAGAAGGAAAAGAGCCCAUCCCACCCCUCUUGGAGAGCUGCUCCUCCAUCUCCCCUCCCUUGCCCUGCGUGUCCUGCCGCUGCCUCCCACCUGACUCGGCAGGCAGGGCUGUUGCUGGCCAUGCUCCAAUGUCCUUCCUCCUCCUCCUUCCCCGGGACUUCUGCCGAGGAAGAUGUCCCGCCAGGCUGGCCAGUACCAGAGGAGGAACGGGCACAUGGCAGGGAGCCUCGGCCCGGAGCUUGCCGCUCCUGAGGCAGGGGCUGUAACAGAGGCCUCUGUGCAGAGAAAUGGGGCACCCUCUCCCCCCAGCUUUUCCCUCCUCCCCAUCGUCUCCUUGCCUUGAAACACUUGUCACUUCCCCGGUAGCACAAAGCUUGAGGGUCGAGGUCUCGCCAAGGAAGUGGGAGCAGAGCCAGAACACCCGUCCCUCUCUGUGCCACCACCAGCUCGGCGCUCUCCUGCGCUCUCCCCCCACUUUCCCCUUCCCCUCGUCUGGCUGCAGGGACUGCUAUCCAUCCCCCUCCUCCUCCCACACAUCCGGGCGGUUCUUUGGGCACCCAGCGCAGGAGCCCCAUGGUCGGGGUGUCCCAGGAGCAGGGGCUGGGGGAUAACUCGUCUGUCCGAGGGGAUGGAGCAGGGGAGAACCCACAGGUACACCAGAGCUCAGGGAGGACUUGGGAAGCUUCAGCCAGGGGUGAGUGAGCACGGGGCGGGGACAGGAGCUGCCUGCCUCCUCUUCCUCCCCAGCUCCCGGCACCACAAAGCACUCUGGGGCCGGAGGGGCGAGGGCUGCUCUGCGGCCUGGGACCGAACUGGCACCGUCCUCUCCUUCUCCCCCACCCCCUUUUUGCUGCCGAUUUUCCUUUGCAAUGAAUGGUUGGUCCAAAGAACCUCUCUCUAGGGCAGCAGAGAGCUUUUUGCACUUUAAAAAAAAAAAA